AAAAAAUUUGUUUAUUCCUUAAAGUUUUUAAGAUGCGCCAUCCAUGUUAAGGUUCUGCGAUUAGCAGACAAUGUGCUACAAUGAAUGUUUUAAUUACUGCUUUUUUAAUAAUUGUUUAUCUUUAUUUUUCUGGUUCGCACGUAUCAAUAGUUGAUGAAAAUGGGAAGGCCUUAAUGGAUGUAAUAGGCCCCGUAAAUGAAGGAUCCAGUUUAUCCCUGCUGUGUGAAACAAAUUCAAGAGUGCCAUCUGUUGUGACAUGGUGGAAAGGAGAAUCUCUACUCGAUGACAGUUUUGUUACCAUGCCAAGGGGUAUAAUUCGUAAUGAAUUGACACUAUCCUACUUAGAUCGAGGGGAUUUGAUGUCCACUCUAACUUGCCAAGCAUCUCCUAAAAAUGAAAGUGAAGCAUCAGAAGCAUCAGUUAGUGUAGACAUGAACUUGAAGCCUUUAGAUGUCCACAUUACAUCUUUACAACGUCCUUUGUCUGCUGGCCGGAAAACUACUCUUAAGUGCCAAUCAACUGGUUCAAAACCUCCUGCCAGAAUCAGUUGGUGGAUUGGAAGCAAGCAACUGUUAGAUGCUACUGAAGUAUCUUAUGAAACUACAACUAUUAGUAAACUGGCAUAUGUGCCUGUACCAGAAGAUCAUGGGAGAGCAAUGUCUUGCCGUGCAGUCAAUCCAGUCCUGGAUGGUCAUAUAUUAGAAGAUCACCGUUUGUUGAAUAUUCAUUAUGUUCCUUUGUUAUCUGUCACUGUGGGAACACCUCAAGCAUUUAUUUUAGAAGGUGAUACAGUCUACUUUGACUGCAACAUUGAUGCAAACCCACCAGUUACAGCAGUUGGAUGGCGAUUCAAGGGUCAACCACUUUACAGUGAUAUCAAAGCUGGCAUUAAAGUUCAAAAUAGAUCAUUGCUCCUACACAAGAUAAACAGAGACCAUUCAGGAAAUUAUUCAUGCAUUGCUGCAAAUUCAGAAGGUGAAGGAGUGAGUGAAUCUAUUGAAAUUUUUGUUCAGUAUGUACCUUACUGUGCUCCAAAUCAAAAGACCUCAUUUGGUGUCCCAUUGCGUAACACUGUUACAGUUGAGUGCUUAGUGGAAGCCAACCCUGAAGCAGUUGAAUUUCAAUGGUUUUUGAACAACACUUAUCGGCAAAUUCCUCUGAAAUCUUUUACCGUCAAUGGUACUUUGAGUUCCCUUUUGUACACUCCGAAAAGAAGCAGUGAUUACGGAACUUUGAUGUGUUUGGCUCAGAAUAGUGCAGGCCUUCAAAAAGAGGCUUGCUGUUACAAGGUCUCUCCUGCAUCUGUGCCAAAUGCCGUGGAAAAUUGUGAGGUGGACAACGAAACAAUGACCUCUGCUGUCAUUAGAUGUGAUCCAGGACAUGAUGGUGGACUUCCGCAAGAAUUCCAUUUAGAGUUGUAUACUUCUCAUGGUCUGGUGACAACUGUUGUGGAAAAAGGGCUACCGGAAUUUGAAAUCAAUGAACUUCCCACUGGUACUUCCCUGAUUGCUCUGGUUUUUGCCGAGAAUGAUUAUGGGAGAAGCAAUGCUGUUGCUUUUACUGUUAUUACAAAGGAUAAGCAUAAGCCAGUGAAAGGUUUGGCUUGGAAACAUGUUAGUCCUGUCAUAGCUGUAUUGAUUGCUGUCAUCAGUCUUCUAGUAUUGGUUGCAAUUAUAAUUGUUGUCUUCUCCAAACACUGGUCUCCAAAAUCUGGAUCCCCUUCUACUUGGGAACCCAGUGAAUUCAAACCUGGUCAUCAACACAUUUGAAGCGACUGAUUUGAAUAUACCACCAAGGGUGUUCAAACUGAUUUUUAUACGAAAUUUUAUUUUUACUCUACCAUGUAUUUUGUUUACAAAUUAGAAAAGUUUUUAAUAACAUGCUAUUUAUUACUAGCAUUUGAGAGGAAUUUUUUCUAGUAUAUUUUUAUGAGGAUAUGUUUUGAGAAACGUGUAUGAAACAUUAAUUGAAGUCAUUUUAAUCAAAUUUUCUAGUCAUUUUAUAUUUUGUUGAUUUUACCUUAUUUCAAAAACUUCAAGUUAUUCUGUUUGUGCAAUUUUUUACAAUAAAUUAUUUAUUGUCAUGAAA